CAUGGCGUCAUCGUCGGCGGCUAAGCCUACGCCCACCACCACCCUCCGCGUGGCCGCCUUCAACGGCUCCCUCCGCAAGGGCUCGUGGCACGGCGGCCUCAUCCGCGCGGCCGAGGAGCUGUGCCAGGAGUCCAUACCGGGGCUGCGAAUCGACCACGUCGACAUCUCCGGCCUACCCAUGGCCACCCCGGACCUGGAGACGGACGACGGCGACGGCUUCCCGCCGGACGUCGAGGCGUUCCGGGACAGGGUCAGCGCCGCCGACUGCUUCCUCUUCGCCUCGCCCGAGUACAACUACUCCGUCACCGCCACGCUGAAGAACGCGCUGGACUGGGCGUCCAGGGGCACGCACAAGUGCUGGGCGGACAAGGCGGCGGCCAUCGUCUCCGCGGGGGGCAGCUGCGGCGGUGGCAGGGCGGCGUUCCACCUCCGCCAGAUCGGGGUGUUCCUUGACAUCCACUUCAUCAACAAGCCGGAGCUCCAGGUCAGGGCGUACGAGGACCCGCCCAAGUUCGACGCCGACGGGAACCUCGUCGACGCCGAGACCAGGGAGCGGCUCAGGCAGGUGCUCCUCUCGCUGCAGGCCUUCGCGCUCCGGCUCCAACACUAGGACUGGCUGAAGAAGAAACUUGGCACCGCGCGUUAAAUAAACGUUAAUCUGCAUUUCCCUUUGGGUGUUGGAUAUGUUCAUAUGUAUGUACGUACUUUUAACUUUUGUUGGGCAAAGGACAUUUUGAUCCGUAUUCCUCACCAUAGUCUGUAUGUGGUUCUGUGAGAAAGAGUAAAGCCAAUGCUGCUAAACAGCGUGCUUGUAAGUAAUCACGCGAG